UGGGCGGGCCUAUGGAGAGUGACAGGGCUGGUCACCCAGUGCCUGCGCGCUGAAACGCAGGGGGCUGCAGACGGGCGUCUGGCGUUGGAUGCGGAGUAAUUGCCUGUGAGGAGGCCGGUUGCUGCGACCGCAAGCUUCUAACCCUGAGGAGUAGUAGCGGGUAACAUCAUGUAAUUCGACCAGGAGCUUUAGACUGGAGCGCUGCCAGGAAAACGUGCUGCUUCACUUGCCCUUCCUUACGUCACUGCCCUGUACGUCGCUACCAGGAUGAGCUCCAGGCGCGUCUCGGACAGGGAGUCUGAUAACAAUCUACGCCACCAAGCGUUACACAGAGGCAGAGCGGAUAUCCCUCCGAUAGACCCAGAGGUGCUGAAGGAUUUGGAGAUCCUCACUCAAGAUGUAGCCCUAAAAGUAGAUCAAAUGAUGAAAAGCCUUAACGGUACAAUCCAGAACAUGACGGCUCUUAGCGUUGGAUACAUUCAAACAUACAGAGAUUCCGUGGAUAGCCUUGGAGAAUCUGUGGAUAUGAGUAUCAAGGGAAUGUAUACUCUAAUGGCUCGCUGUGAAGAGUUGGAUAGAUCCAUGCAGCCUAUUCAAGCAUUGGCCAAGCAAAUUCGGGAAAUAAAACAUACUCUGGAGUUGUUUGAAACAUUAUGUAAAUAAUGUAUCUGUGUGUUACUAGCCUUAUUUAUAUAUUUUUUAAUCAGAUAAUUAAAAUACCACUGGGAAAAA